AUGGAGGACGGUUCAGUCAAUCCAAUUUUGGACUAUGUCCAGAAAUUGACCCGGACGAAGAAGGGUCUUCCACAUGCGCAACCCGUCUGCGUAUUAGCGUCCCUCAAGAUCACAACCGCUGCCGAACUCCUGAAAUUGGCAGCGGAGCUCGGCCCCCACAUGACCAUUUUCCAAAUCCAAGCCGACAGCAUUAACGACUGGCAUGAAGGUGUCAUCGAGCAGUUGGUAUACCUUUCUAAAAAGCAUGGGUUUAUUCUAUGGGAAGGGAGCCGGAUUUUAAAUGCGACUUUUGCUGUUCCUGAGAUGGAAGCCGGGGGCACCCAAAGCCAAAUGAAUCACGCCUUGAUCAAUAUGAUCACAAGAAGAUACGUCGGGGGACACCUGAAAGCAGCAGAAUGGUCGGGCCUUUCGACAUCAUGGGCAGCCAGUGUGCCAUAUAAUCACCAGGAGAAAGAUCUCCUGAUGCCCUCUCUGCGAAAAGCGGUUCGUCAAGUCGUUUCAAGCACCGCCAAAACAAUCCAAACCGAGAUCUCCGCCGCCGAAGAAUCCGAACCCAUCCCCGAUCACCUGGAAGUUCCCUUAUCACCACCCUCCACCGGCGGCUGGUCGGAAUUUAGUGCAGAAAAUAUGGGCCUUGCGCUACGAAAAAUGUCAACUAUCUCCGUGACCGAGUCCACCACAACCCAGCCUUUUGUGCAGACAGACGAAGGCAUUCCUCCUCCACCUUCUCAUUCUCGAGGUAUGGUCUUAUGCCUGCCACCAUCAUCGACAAACACUCCAUUCAAGCCCGAUUUUCGCCAAAGUACACUAGUGGCUGCGUGCGCCAACCCGGACUUCGUGGUUGGUGUCGUUUGCACCGAGCCGUUAUACUGCGCAUACGCAGGAAAUACUUUAAUAGAACUCGCCACUGCGAGUGAUCAGGGUGUUUUUGAUAAGAAUGGGGACAGUGUUCUUCUUUCAUCUCCAUACAUCGAUACCGAGUGUACCCCGGCUGUGUUUUCUCUUGUUCCUCCAGAUGUUAUUGUUGGCGAUGCUGGCAGCGACGACGACGACGAUGAAGAACCCAAUGAAACCCACGAACACGAGUCGGAUGACACUCCAACUAUCACAAAACUAUAUCGACUUAUGGAUCAAGCCUUCGAAUUACGAGAAGCAAGUCGUCAACAAUACACUCCCCCAUCUGAAGCUCAUCAUCAAUAUGGUCCUAAUUUAUACCAUAUCCCCGUUGUCAUUCUUCCUUAA